AUGUCUGCAUCGCCAAUACCGAACCUCCUCUCCCUGCGCGGCGGUCGCGCGGGCAGAGGCGGCGGUCUUCGUUCACGGCGCGGUGGCGGCCCCAGCGCUACUGGUGCCCAUCACGAUGCCACCAUUCAAGGCACCGAUACAGACGCGGCUGUGUCGCGGCUCAGCGCCGUCGAGGUCGGCUACCUCGAGGAUCCCUAUGCUGCAUUCUUCGUGUCGCGUCUGGGUGGGCCUCCACAGAGACGCUUUCCCAUCAUCAAUCGCGGCACGUAUACGCGGACCUCGGCACUCGACAGGCUGAUUCGCUCCUUUCUAUCACCCUCGCCGACGGAGGACGCUUCCACAGGGUCGGAGCGGCAGAUCGUCUCUCUGGGCGCUGGCACGGACACCCGUCCGUUUCGCCUCUUUGCGCGCGCCUCCCAUCCACGGCUCACGUACCACGAGCUUGACUUUGACGUGACGAGCCGCCGGAAGCUGCAAACCGUGCAGGGAAACCCGCCGCUCUCACGCAUACUCGCCAACGCCUCCCCAAAAAGCGCGACGACGUGGGCGGCCCAACCCGCGCAAGGCGCUGGCGCGUACUACUGCCACGGCCUGGACCUGCGGGACCUCGACACCGGCAUCACCGAGCCGCUGGACGGCCUCCGGACUGACGUGCCCACACUGGUGCUGUCAGAGUGCUGCCUGUGCUACCUAAAGGUCGAGGAGGCCGAGAGGGUGCUGCGCUACUUUACGUCACGCAUCGCUGCUGGCGUCGCCGUCGUCCUCUACGAGCCCGUGCACCUCGACGACGCGUUUGGCAAAACCAUGGUGUCGAACCUCGCGGCGCGCAGCAUUCAAAUGCCGGGCAUGGAUCGUUACAGAAACGCAAGUGACCAAAUACAGCGGCUGCGGGAGGCUGGUUUCGGAGCGGCGGCAGAGUGCAAGUCUGUCGAGUCCAUAUGGGAGUCGUGGAUCGACACCGCGGAAAAGGAGCGAGUAGAUCAACUGGAGGGCCUGGACGAGGUAGAGGAGUGGAAGCUACUCGCCGGACACUACAUAGUCGCAUGGGGAGUCAAAGGUCAAGGGCUGGGAACUCUUGCAUCAGGGAUGCUGUAG